GCGGCGACGGGGGCCGGGCCGCGCGUGACCCGCCGCAGUCACGCCGUUCUUAAUCACUAGUAGCUGGUGCUCCAGGCUGGCGGCGCUCACCUUUCUCCUAGCCGGGUGACCCAGGGGAUUUAUUUUAUGUUGGCUUUCUCUGAAAUGCCAAAGCCACCCGAUUAUUCAGAGCUGAGUGACUCUUUAACGCUUGCCGUGGGAACAGGAAGAUUUUCGGGACCAUUGCACAGAGCAUGGAGAAUGAUGAACUUCCGUCAGCGGAUGGGAUGGAUUGGAGUGGGAUUGUAUCUGUUAGCCAGUGCAGCAGCAUUUUACUAUGUUUUUGAAAUCAGUGAGACUUACAACAGGCUGGCCUUGGAACACAUUCAACAGCACCCUGAGGAGCCCCUUGAAGGAACCACAUGGACACACUCCUUGAAAGCUCAAUUACUCUCCUUGCCUUUUUGGUUGUGGACAGUUAUUUUUCUGGUACCUUACUUACAGAUGUUUUUGUUCCUAUACUCUUGUACAAGAGCUGAUCCCAAAACAGUGGGCUACUGUAUCAUCCCUAUAUGCUUGGCAGUUAUUUGCAAUCGCCACCAGGCAUUUGUCAAGGCUUCUAAUCAGAUCAGCAGACUACAACUGAUUGACACGUAAAAUCAGUCACCGUUUUUUCCCUAUGAUUACAAAACUGCCAGUCCUAUAUGGAGUCUGAUCACAAGACUGCAGUUUCUUCACAGAUCUCAGGAAGUUGUGGUGGGGCAGAGGCUUUUUAAAAACAUGUGAUUAGGGAGCUAUCUUUAUCUGAAUAAUAACGAAUUUUUAGGUAAAACCUGAGAUAGAGUACUACAAAAUCAUGUUGAUGACUUCAGAUUUUGGAAGUUAAAUCAUGUCUGUUAUUUGCAUUCUUUAGAAACUUGACUAAGUACCUGAAUUCAUAUUUCUAUUCUACUGUGCAACAUAGUGAUGAUUCAGAAAUUUUUCCUUUGGGGAAAAAAAUGAAUAUGAACAUUUCCAUUGUGUUAAGUGUAAAAAGGUCCAGACAUGAUCAUAAAAUUUAAAUUUUAUACAA